AUGACAAAGUCGAAGUCCCAGUUUUCGGGAUCUGCUUUAAAACGGUUAAAAUCAACGUUAAAAGACGCAGGACUUAUUGGACAGAAACCAAGUAAAAAGUUACGAAAGACUGCAAGAGGAUCCGGUAGCAGCGUGUCGGCUGCAAGUAAGAAGAAAUUGGAAGAGACAUUGACGAAUCCAUUUGAGCUUCGAGAGACGAAGACUAAACAUGAAGUAAUUGGACGGACUGUCAAAGGGGUUAAAGGGCGUCCAGGGCUUAUGAAACGUGUUGGCACUGAGAAUAGAAAAAAAACAUUGCUUGUCGAAAUGGAACGGAGAUAUAAAGCAGGUGGAAUUAUAGAUAGACGAUUUGGUGAGAAUGACGAUACGGUAUCUCCUGAAGAAAAGAUGUUGGAGAGAUUUACCAGGGAACGACAG